AUGGAUAGGGAGCUGAUCGAUCUAUACUCUUACUGCUCCGUCCGCUGGCUCUAUCAUCUCGGCAAAGCCGUCUCUCCCAGGACAUCUUGGCGUAACAUGUACUAUCAAGAAAUGUGUUCAACCGUCGUCAAAGGGAUUGUUGACCUGCUAAGGCGCCUCCUUGAGAACCCACUGGCAGUUGCUCACUGGAUUGACUGCUUCUAUACAAGCCCGUCUGUAUUUCCAUUUUGGUCCUCGACAGGAGCGCAUCGUCUUCGGUUUGACGAUGACAUCAAUGUCCCAACGGCAAUGAUAUUGAAGGAAUUCUCACAAGCAGUAGAGUGGCUAGGCUGGGUGCAGAAGCUCCAGGUACCAGACAUUGAAGCCAAAGUCUUUCUCUAUCUAUCUGACAAUCUAGCUCGGCUAAGGGAAGACUUGACUGAUGUAUGCAAGAAAUGGGAUUCGAAGCUAAGCGAAACACCAGCAGUUAUAUGGAGUGAUGUUCUUGCAUUUACAUCAAGCAAGUAUCUCCCGGCAGCCCAGUCUACAUACCAAGUCCCAAUUGACUCAGGAACGCCAAGCCUCCCUACCGGGGCGUGUAAACGCCUUUGCCAUAUCUCGGCGACCUCUUCUGAUGGGUCUGUGCUUGGUAUUCUUAGCAUCUGGCCAUCACGCAAGUUUGAAAAGUUCUGGGAAACGAUCCAACCGAGCACUGCGUAUAUGGAAGUCGAGAAUUACUGUGACAAUUGGCAUGCGGUUUAUGAACUCAGCCGCGUUGGCGAGCCUGUGGAGAAACUUGGCACCAUCUCUAUCCCGUUGAAGGCAACUGAAGUGGCGUUGCAGAUGAGACAGGCAUUCCGACAAGAACAUCUCUCGACGUGGAAGGCCUCUUUCCCGUUCUCUAUUAGCUUCAACGGCUAUUCUAUAUGUGUUCUACGAACUAUUUACCGUGUCACCAUUGAUCCAGUGUUAUCAAGGCUGCGAAUCCGAUCUUGCCGAAUGCCCCUGGAGGAGAUUACAAGGAUCCAGCAUUUCUGGGACGAUAGGCUCAAGAGACAUGAUCCCAGUUAUUCACUCAGUAUCGGGUUGCCUCCAACAUUGCAACUGCUGCAACGAAAGCUUUACACGUAUCGAGCUAUAUUCGACGCACACAGUCGCUACGUUUUCUUCCAAGAUGCAAAAAAGUUCGAAGCUCCGUUACUAGCUGUCUUUGAGGUGAACGACACGCCGAGUGGGGAGCUUCAAGUUCGAGUUGUCGCCGUUGCACCUGAUGAGAUUAUGGGUCCCUGGCUUGGCUGUACUGGAAUACCUUUAGCGACGGCAAGGUUCCAUCCCAAGUCAAGUCUCGUCGUGUCUGCUGUAAGGGGUCGUGUUAUGGCAUGGGACUUUUCAAUAAACACUAUGAGUCACCUCUCAACAGACGGAGCCGAGGUUAAAAGCCUUUCCAUAUCGACGUGUGCCAAUUACGUAGUCGUUAUGCGAGAGAACUCUGAUAGUCAUGAGGUCUACGACUUGACAAAGCGUAACUUGAAUCUCACCAGCACAGCUGAAAAUAGCCCGGGGCCAUCCGGAUCACUUAUGCCCCCUCAUAAGCAGCAAAAGACUCAUAGCUCACACGAAGGUCAUAUGGAAAGGUUGGAUUCAAGAAUGGAGGUUAGACAUGCAAACCUCAGCGGGUCUACCUUUGCACUUGCUGGUGGAAAUGGCAACUCUACCAUCAUUAACGCUGGGCCUCAAAAUAUCGGGUCUCAGUUGAGAAUUGAUGCCGGAAAGAUCAAGUUGACCGCUCCCCCAUGCAUGACAGAUACAGCCGCCAAGACCCUAGAACUGCUGUCGAUCCCGAGCACGAUCUCGACUCAGGACAGUCGCAUAACGCUAUAUCUACCGAAUCAAGACGACAACCACCUCUCGCUUCUAGUGGAUAAAGGGAUAGAAGAUGGGUAUAAUAUGAUGGACAAAGUAGGGCAAAGUCUGCCCGUCUUGGUCAGGAAGGAUAAGCGGCUGGUCCGUGAAGCUAUCAAAAGUGCUACUGGGCAGAAGGACGAAAGGAUUAGACUAGUGGAAGGGGCGAAGAGAUUGUUCUCAGAGAUAGACCAAUGA